AUGUCUACCUCCAACAUUCCCCUCAAACACUCUCACAUCGUCACAUUCUCUGGUCUCCCCCCAUCUGAUGGUCGUAACUACUGUUACCGUCCAUGUACCAUCGCUAUUACUACAAAAGGUUGGAACGGAGACAACAACAAAGAAUACGAUGGGAAAUGGACGGCGUACUGUUCGCCGCUUGAUUUUUUCAACGAAGGUGAAUGUUUCGUUACAAAGGGACGAGGGGGCCCAGUCAAGGACACCCCCGACUUCAAUAUGUACUAUGAGGCAGAGCACAAGGUCUUCGUUGGCACCAGCGAAACUUUCACUGGUGUGCUCCAUAACAACACUGCCCUUUCAGGUCUUGGUAUCGUCUCUAGCCGCCAUACCAUGCCAGACGACGACGCUACAAAAUCUGUUCUCUGCUUCAUUAUGAAACAUAUCGAUUACCAGCCUCAAACCCUCAUUUCCGGCUUUAUUGUGGACUUUGACCCCAACGCCAACAGAUUCAUCGUAGAAGUCACUUCUGUCAGUCCCUGCACAGGCAACGAAGGCAGUGGCGCUGGAAAAGUUGAUCCAUCCGGUCAUGUGACACCCGCGGGGCGCGUUAGACCUGCAAAGCACGUUGCGACACCAGCCACCCCAACCAACGCUAUGGCUGGUCCUUCCUCGGUCUCAUCAUCGGUCUCAGCAUCUAAGCGCAAAGCAGCAGUCGUCGAGGAGCCACUCCUAUUGCCGAUUGCUGCAGUCCGUCGAACUCGCCCUGUGAACUAA